UCGUGUCGCUGACAGCGAAGGAGAGAAAAAGCAACAAGAAGGAAGAGCAAUGGCGACACUGGACGGGAAGCUGCCGAGCCCGGAUACGUUUCUGUACAAACCCUGGUCCACGUACGCCGAUGCGGCUAAACUGUACUUCUGUGACGGUGUGCGCGGGGACGAUACUGCCGGCAAGGAGCUGCUCCUGGACGGCCGGGGGGAGGCGAUGAAACUCAGCAAGGACGACAUGCGAGUGUUCGGCCAGUGUCCUGCACAGGAUGAUUUCUGUCUUGUUGUGUGCAAUAUCUGCAAUCAAGUUGUCAAACCUCAGGGCUUCCACAUGCAUUGCGAGCGGAGGCACGGCUCUUCCUCCAGUCCCCGGGGCCUUUCUAUCCCCAAGAAGCCUAAAGGUUCCCUAGGCCCCGACCCCGGCGGCUCCCCUGCAGCACCAGCCAGGCCCUACAAAGCAUCUCGAGAUCAUCCGCACAGUGCCUCUCACAGGACACCCCAUGCCAUGAACCCACCCAAAGUGUCCCAGGGCAAGCCAUGUCUUUCAGUACCUGUGGUAAGUUUGGAGAAGAUGCCCACCCUGGGGAGGACCAAGACUGCCCCCAUUCCUCUUGGUGUCAAAUCUUCCCUAAUGCCACCAGCAUCCCAGAAACCUCUGGAGAAGGUCCUCAAUGGACGAGGGCUUCCAGGCCCUGCCUGCUCGUACGAACGGCAUCCCACCACGUCCCCCGCCACGCUGGACAGACGGCCCAGUGUCUCCCCCUCUGCCAUUGACAGGCGGCCGACCCCUUCUCCCUCCUCAUUGGACAGGCGCCUCAAUGCCCCUCCCUCGCCACUGGACAGGCGGCCCAAUGCUUCGCCUUCUCCUUUGGAUCAGAAGCUCAGUACCCCUCCCUCUCCUCUGAACAGGGGACUCAGUGCCCCACCUUCAUCACUGGACAGAAGGCAUCAAAAUGGCACUAAGAGGGCCAGGCUGUCAGCAAGGGUUUUUGACCCCAACAAGCACUGUGGAGUCCUGGACCCUGAGAGCAGAAUGCCAUGCACGCGAUCGCUGACCUGCAAGACGCACUCACUGACACACAGACGCGCUGUGCUGGGCCGCAGGAAGCUUUUCGACUCGCUUCUGGCGGAGCACAGGGGGCGACUUCAGGAGAGCGAGGCGGGCCGUGGCAAGGAGCAGGCGGGUUGGAGAGACUCGUCCAAGGCCCAGCCCGCCCUGUCACAUGACUGCCAGAACGGUGUGCAAGCAAACUGUCAUGAUGGCAAGGGCACAGCCGCACUGAAGACCCGCUUCUGUCUCAGCGUGAAUAACGGCACCAGUGUCACACUCGCUGUCGGGUCCGCACACCCCUGCCUGGGGGGGGAUGACGGAAGCCGAAUAUCUAGUGACGAGGGCGGCGCUCCAGAGGACUGCGACAUGGCGGACUGUUCUGGCUUCGCCCGCCACCCUUUGCCCCUGGGGUACUGCUCCUUCGGCAGCCGGCUGAUGGGCCGUGGAAUCUACGUUUUUAACCGCAGGCUGUAUCGCCUAAGACGGGCCCUGCAGCACAUAGUGGACACGCACAUGAGCUCGCAGAUGUGGAGGAAGGUCCCCCUGGCAGCUGAGGGACCCAGGUCCUUCCAUGGGGGGCUGCCCAGCCUCCAGCCCCUGGGUGCACCGGGCUCGGCCUGCCUGUCCCCCUCCCUGUCGUCGUCGUACUCCGUGAGCGCCCCCGCCAUCGCCGCUCCGUCGAGCGAUGUCUCCAUGGCGACCUGCCUGGCCGUGUUCCCGCGUGGCGACCGUGUCUGCAGACCCUCGCCUGAGGAGGUUGACUCAUUUGUGCCUCCCAGCCCUGGCCAGGCCCCCAUGUCGACCCAGGGCAAGAAGGUCAGAGCCAAAGGAAGUGGGAGCCAGCGGUCAGCGGCAGCCGGGGGCAUCCCAGGAGGCAGGAGGGGCAGGCCCCCCCAGGCCGUGACUCCUCCCUGGCAGGCGUCGCUGUCUUCCCUCGCGAGGCCUUGCUUCACUGCAGGCUCCUCCUUCGGCGCGCACUCAGCUCCCACCAAUGGGGUGCCCCCUUUCUGUGCCAAAGCAGAGCCUCUGGGACACACCCGACACAGCGAGACUGCCAAGCCGGCGGGCGCUGAUGCGAAGAUGUCCCUCCCCCUCGUGCAGGAGCACGGCCUCCUUGCUUUAUCGCGCCCCCACGGGCGGAAGCACAAGAUGCCCAGCACCUAUGGGAAGGCCAGCAAGGCGGCCAAGGUGGCAGGUCUGAGUGGCGAUGACAGGAGAAGCACAGUCAGCCUCCUGGCCCCUGUGUCAGAGGCUCCCCACAGCGCCCCCUUCUGGCAGUCCCAACCUAAAGUGCAUCACUGAGGCCUGGCGUGUGGAGCUGCUGUCGGCAUCGGCGACGUGCCCGCAUCCCUCCUCCGGCUCGGCUCGUCUUCAGGCUGCUGUGCACUCGGCAGAUCGCUGCCUCUCAUCUUUGCAGCUGAACACUUUGCUGUGUUUGGAGGGAAACUGUGUCAUCCUGCUUCAUUUUUUAGCAGGUAUUGUUUGAAUGUGUGAUAUUUAUUAGUCAGACGCUCCUUUUUUUAAUUAACAAAACUAAAUCUGAAUUUGGGGAUUUCGGCUGAGUCCCAGGACGUGGCCUCAGUGCUGGGCUUUUAGGCAAAUGCAGGCUCGCUCCGGACUGAAGUGGCUCCCCGGCAGAUCAGUAUUAAAAGUGCACUUAAUCCUGGUCUGGAACCGUCUGUGAAGCAACAGACCAGGUGCUUUGAACCAAGGGAAUCUAUUUAGCUGACGUGUUUUUUUCUUUUAAUAUAGGACAAAGUCAGGUUUUUGAGGAGGUUUGUAUUAAUUAUUGCAAAGCAUUCAAAGUUUAGGCUCACCACGUAAGUGUAAUAUUUUAUAGUGGACGUUUUGUAUGGUAAUUUAUUAUUUGUUGUAAUAACUUUCUAACUGACCAGAAAAGUGCUACAGAUGGAAAGAGGAAUUAUAUUUGUAUUUCCUUUGUAAAGUUGAAAGUAUUAUUACUGAGUCCCUGUCGUCGAAAAAUGUGUAAAAAUCCUAAUUAUUUUUGUAUUUAUUAUUUUUUCAGAGCUAAAAGCAUUUAGGGGAUUUCUGCCACCCUGGUCUAGUAAAUAUUAUGAAACUCUGUCGUUUUGUGUCGGAAAGGGCACAGCACUCCUACUUUGCAUUGGGUCAGCAGUGAGGCCAAUGGAAAGAGCGCCCCCUUCCUGUGGGGUUGUGCAUCCUCCCUGCCAUGUCACCCUGAAUCUUCAGGGGAAUGUCCUCUCGCCUCUUUCUUAGUUUUUUUUCUUUCCUCCUUUGGUCCUUUUCAUUUAAAAGGUGGGGUCCCCGAGUUACGCGUGCAGGAAAAUCCCCCUUCUCAGGAUAUCCCAGGGCCUGCUGAGCACAGGGAACGACGUCGUCGAAGCCAGAGCAGAGUGUGGCUGGUUUAGGAGCUCAGCCAAGGCUACCUGUCACUGCUCACUUUUUUGCUGGGCCUCUUGCUCCAAAAACCCUGGGAGACCUUUGCUUUUAUGCACUUUGUAUCCUGCGUCAGGAUCUUGUUCAGCACUUAUUUAUAUUAUAUGUGGAAAUCUAGUAUUAAUUACUUAGGGAAAAUGUGUAUUGUUUGCUAAAUGUUGAUGUUUCCUAAACCCCAAGUAUCACAAGUGGGUGCACUCAUACACACACACACACACACACACACACACACACAAAUGCAGGUGUUCAGUCACAUGCAAACGCCCUCUUUAGCAUUCCCUCCCUUCUGCCCCGUGCCGCCCUCAUCCUAUCGUACUGAUGCAUUCUGACAGGGACUCGCCUUCUCCGCCCCUCAUUUACAAUAUUUUAUACGUUUGAUAUUUUUUUCCACGUCAUAUUUCUAACAGGGAGGUGGACAGGGAGAUGCAUGGCUUUUGCGGGCGGAUCUUCCGUUGUGUCAUCACAAGCAGACUUCAUAUGAAAGUCACCGUUCAGCACAGCAUGCCAGAAGACCUGGGGCAGCCACAGGCAUGUAGUAGAUCUAAGGCUAAUGUGUAGCUAGCGCAAGCUCGCAGCUCAUUUGUGCGUUUGGGCUUUUAAAUAAAUUCGAUUUUCAGGGAUUCCUGUGCAAAAACAAGAAUCUUAAGUGCGCUUUCUGAGGAGAUGAUAUUUCUCACACUAUAUGUAUAUCAUUGAUAAUGUAGAAGCGUGGUGAUGUUUUUCAUGAUGUUUGAAAUACAUUUGGCUUUUCUGUGGCAGCGUAGAGCUGAAUGAAUUAGGGAGCAGACAUGGGAGUAAAGCACAGUGAUCAUAGUAUAUUUUGCCCCAGCUUUUGCACACCUAAUUAGCCUAUAAAAUGCUGUGAUAAGGAGGGAAGCCAGCUGACUUUGUGUCUCUUAAAACUGAUCCCACUCUCAUUUGAUCAUCUCACACUUUGUUCACAUGUUCACUGUGAUACACCAGAUCUUGUUUUUGGGACAUUUUUGCCUACUGGUAGUGGGAAAAAAAAAACUCUGAGGUUUCACUUAAUUGCCAUCAGUUGAUGUACUUUCACCUCUGAUACUGCAGACCAGACAGCAUGACAGCAUGAUCCCAUGCAUUUAUUGUACAACAUGAAUAUGUAGCAGGUGUUAAAAGUGGGAUCAGACGAGUACAAAUGUUAAGAGAAAGUCUUGAUGAUGUAAUUUGCGCCCCCCCCCCCAGAAUACAAAACUAGAAAUUUGUUUAUGCACUGGACAUGUAGGAAAUCGCUGAGAGAUUUAACAUUUCAUAUUAGCAGGGAGAUUUCCUCUAAGCCUGCAUCUCUUCAGUGGGUUAUGUGGAUGGCAGCUUGUGUCCUGGUACAUGCUGGUUCCAGGCAGCAGGAUCCUUUGUGCCUACGUGCUACCAGAGAAGAUGUAAAACACCACUGGUAAUUAUUCAUCCCUUCUGUAGCAUUAAUGGCUCUUAUAGCUCUGACUGUGAGUAGCUGUUUUUAGUAUGUGUGCUCCUGGGCAGGGAUUGCUGGUUUCUUUGAGAUGUUGCAGCCUAACACAGGGCCCCCUUGCCCACAUUUAUUCAGGUAAAUACGAUGCCAGCAUAGGAACUCCUGCCUUUCGCAUCCUCAGUGCUAAGGUCCUGAACCCAGAGGUCCCAUAUUUGCACCCUGAACUAGCACCUGUGACUUAUUUAAUAGAUUUAAGCCCCCUAGCAGGCCGUCAUGGUUUGUGGGCGGCUGUAGACAAGCAGUCGUUCAGCCAGCCGUAAAACAGCCACAUUAACGUGUGUGUAGAAUGCCUUAUUUUAUUUUUUUUACCCAUUGUAAAUAGAGCUACAUUUGUAGACUGUGUGUUUAUAUAGAAUUCUAUGGCUGAUACUUUAGUGUAAAAAAAUUUAUAUUUUUGCACUUUUAAAUAUUACCAUUGAAUUUCACAGGAAAUGACAUCAGACCUGUAACAGAUAUGCAUAUGUAUCCGCCAACUGUUCUCUUGUAUACAGUUUGUAGGUUUUUCAAGGGGAUGUUGGAGAACUACAAAAAUCAAAUUUCCCGUAUGGUUGUAAUGAUUACACUAGAUAUUGUUCCUCUGAACAGUCAGGUGUGUGUGUGUGUGUGUGUGUGUGUGUGUGUGUGAGAGAGAGAGAGAGAGUGAGUGUGAGAGAGAGAAUACAGGAUGUCAGGUCGGUCCGGGUUGUGAGGGUCUAACGGAGGACACGUAGCCAUGUUGGACUCUAGGACGAUGAGUAAACAUGUUUAAUGACACAGAGGCUGCCGAUUGUGGAUAGCCACUCUGCUCGCCUGUGUCUGGAGGCUGCGAGGAGUUAUCCUUUUAUUUGUUUAGUAUCUGAAAUUGUAAGUAAAGAGUAUUUAUAUGUUUGUAAAAAAAAUAAUAAUAAAGUCCAGACUCUUCCAUCAAUGUUGGCAGAUCCACGUAAUAAAAUCGGCAUGUAUGUUUUUUUUCUUUUA